UUUAGUCGCUGCCACGAACGAAUUCGGACGUUUUGUCUUGUCACAUCCAGCCACAGCGUACAGGGCGUCUGGGUGUCUCCUAAAUCAAGGGAUUUGAAGCGAAGCGAACCACCGAAACACUUCAUCUGCUCCAUGUGAACAGUAGUGGACGGAGAGAGGCAUCCGUGUGAUCCGUGUAUGCUGCUUUGCCUAGUGCUCCGGAGCGAUGAAUGUGUUGCCCAGGGGUUCGACUAUGUCAGACUCCUGAGUGAUGUUUGCUGAUUAGUGAACCUAAUAGUGCGUGUUUAGGGUCGGGUCUGACUAGGGAAAAAGCUUCAUCCCUCCUAUCUUCGGUCUCUGUCGGUCCGUGCACACCGUUUGCAUGCGUCGUGCCUAGAGAGUGUAGAGCCUGUGUGCGAAGGAUUCUCACCGUGACAGUGCGUAGUGACUGUUCGGAAAGCGCCCCCGAAAAGUGACAGCAGUUUGUGCCGGCGGGAGGAAACAAAACAUUUGGCAAACAGUGAAAAAGAAACCUUAAAACGGAAACCUUGUUUCUAGUAGGAAGAAAUUCCAGUGAACUGAAGCUGCUGCUGUUGUGUGAUAAAAGAGUGUCCCUAGGUGCGGUGUUGUUCUGUGUUUGAUAGUGAAGCUGCUGAAACACUUCUGCUCCCCCAUCCCAGCAGAACGGGCGUGGGCUAAAGAUUUUGACACAUUGCGAACAGUUGAGAGGUGGAACAGCUGUUCUUAGUUUGUGAUACGACCCCAAAAGACUUUAGACAACCUGGUCAAUGUCAACACUGCCUGCAGGCGUUCACUAGAGCUCCCCAUUUCACACUCAAGUGCUAAACGUGUAGGCUAUCCGGCUCCGGUUGCGGCUUCUAUAGAGCGCGAAACCCGACGGCAUAGUGCUUCUUCUUAUAAGUCUGAAAAAUUGUUCCAAAAAAAAAAAACAUACACCUAAUAACACAAAAUGGCUUCCACAAAUGCAACCACCUCGUCCAACUACUGGGACUUCCUGUUCACCGAGCUGGCCGAUCCGCGGACGAACCACUGGCCGCUGAUCUCGUCCCCGGUGCCCGGUCUCACCAUCAUUGCCAGCUACCUGUACUUUGUGCUCAACUUUGGUCCGAAGUAUAUGGCCAACCGGAAACCGUUCCAGAUGCAGAAGACCCUGGUCGUGUACAACUUCAUUCAGGUGCUAGUCAGUAUAUAUCUGUUCGCGGAGGGUCUGGACGGUGCCUGGCUACGGCACUACAGCUGGAGAUGUCAACCGGUGGACUUCAAUGACAAUCCCGCCGCUAUGAGAGUCGCCCGUGGCUGCUACAUCUACUUCCUGGCCAAAAUCUCCGAGCUACUGGAUACGGUGUUCUUCACGCUGCGGAAGAAAGACAACCAGAUCACCUUCCUGCACCUGUACCACCACACCGUCAUGCCGAUGAUCUCCUGGGGCGCUACCAAGUACUACCCCGGAGGACAUGGUACAUUCAUCGGUGUGAUCAACUCGUUCGUGCAUAUUGUGAUGUACACCUACUACAUGAUGGCCGCCAUGGGACCUCAGUACCAGAAGUACCUCUGGUGGAAGAAGUACAUUACGAACCUGCAGAUGAUCCAGUUCGGUAUGGCAUUCGCGCACUCCGCUCAGCUGCUCUGGACCGACUGUGGCUAUCCGCGCUGGUCCGUCUUCUUCACCCUGCCGAACGCGAUCUUCUUCUACAUGCUGUUCAACGACUUCUACAAGAAAUCGUACGGCUCGAAAAAAGCCCAGCCUACCCCAGUCACUGCCACCGAUAGCGCCUCCACCGUCAAGUCGAUCGAAAACAAUAACUCGCCAAAGGUUGCCAGCAAGGAGCUGUGAGGGAUGUCACCACCAGCUACACACCACAGAUCUUCAACAAGUCUUCAACGUAACCGAAACCCAACACAAACCAAUAGACGACCUAGCGGGCACCAUCACGCCCGAUGGUAAGCUGGCCACCAAUCUGCAUGCAGCAGCUACACCUCGACCACGACUGGUCCGAUAUGUCGCCGCACCGUACCAUUGGACGGAACAGUGUUCCGUGUUGCUCAAACCGUACCUUGAACGUACCCAUGAUGACUAGUGUUGCGUACCAGGUGGCCCAUGGUUUCCAGUCUUUCUAUUGCGCGUGAGGGCGUGCACAGCAGCGGGUGGCUUACUGAUAGAAUCCUGCGGCGAGGGAGAGACCAUCCUAUGGGAGAAUUGCUCAAAAACAACAAAAGAAAGGGGAAACAUGGGGCGCAUGGGACAAGUGAUCGAUUCCGAAAUCAAUAGAAGGUUAGGUAGCGAUCUAGGGUAAUCUUAGCCAGUAAGUCUACUUCGUUUUAUAAAGCAAAAUAAAUUAAUGAUACAACCUGAAA